AUGGCAAACGUGGCCGACACCAAGCUAUACGACUUCCUGGGCGUCCCGCCCGGCGCCAGUGAGAACGAGCUGAAGAAGGCAUACAGAAAGUUAGCCAAGGAAUACCAUCCUGAUAAGAAUCCAAAUGCUGGUGAAAAAUUCAAAGAAAUCAGUUUUGCAUAUGAAGUACUGUCAAAUCCUGAGAAGCGUGAAUUGUAUGACAGAUAUGGAGAACAAGGUCUUCGGGAAGGUAGCGGUGGAGGUGGUGGCAUGGAUGAUAUUUUCUCUCACAUUUUUGGUGGGGGAUUGUUCGGCUUCAUGGGCAAUCAGAGUAGAAAUCGAAAUGGCAGAAGAAGAGAAGACAUGAUGCAUCCACUUAAAGUGUCUUUAGAAGAUCUGUAUAAUGGCAAGACAACCAAACUACAACUUAGCAAGAAUGUACUCUGUAGUGCAUGCAGCGGCCAAGGUGGAAAGUCUGGAGCUGUUCAGAAGUGUAGUGCUUGUCGGGGUCGAGGCGUACGCAUCAUGAUCAGACAGCUGGCUCCAGGAAUGGUACAACAGAUGCAGUCUGUGUGUUCUGACUGUAAUGGAGAAGGAGAGGUAAUUAAUGAAAAGGACCGCCAUAAAAAAUGUGAGGGGAAGAAGGUGAUUAAAGAAGUCAAGAUUCUUGAAGUCCACGUAGACAAAGGCAUGAAACAUGGACAGAGAAUUACAUUCACUGGGGAAGCAGAUCAGGCCCCAGGAGGGGAAGCUCUAUGUGGAUUUCAGUUCACAUUUAAGCACCUUGAUGGACGUCAGAUUGUGGUGAAAUACCCCCCCGGAAAAGUAAUUGAAUCAGGAUGUGUCCGUGUAGUUCGAGGGGAAGGAAUGCCACAGUAUCGUAAUCCCUUUGAAAAAGGUGAUCUCUACAUAAAGUUUGAUGUGCAGUUUCCUGAAAACAACUGGAUCAGCCCAGACAAGCUUUCUGAGCUAGAAGAUCUUCUGCCAUCUAGACCAGAAGUUCCAAACAUAAUUGGAGACACAGAGGAGGUAGAGCUUCAAGAAUUUGAUAGCACUCGGGGCUCGGGAGGUGGUCAGAGGCAUGAAGCCUAUAACAAUAGCUCUGAUGAAGAAAGCAGCAGCCAUCAUGGGCCAGGAGUACAAUGUGCCCAUCAGUAAACUCUGCAGACAGAUUGCACAGGUGGAUUUUCUUUCCACGUUUGCCCGGUUUGCUUUCAGCGAUCCAGCUGGAGUGUCUGGUCAGUCCAGAUGAACUGAUGGACAUCUGUUGGUCUAUGUGUAACUUUUAAAAUUGGUAUAGCAUCUACAGAGUGUAUAAUUUAAACUAACCACAAAGCUUUACAUCUUCAUUUUGACUGUUCUGUAGCAGAAUAAAGCACUUGAAAGGAAACAAGACUCCCUUUCACACAUGGGUUAUAAGUUUCAGUCCUGGUAUCUGCGCUUGAUUUUUAUCAGUUUUGUGUAGAUUUUAUGUUUCACAUUUUAAAUCCAAAUCCCACAUUGUAAAGUUUGUGUACAAUUUGUCCUGAAGCUUUGUGUUUGGCUGCAUCUGCGUAAGCUGCUACAAAUAGAAUAAAGAAUUUCAUAGCCUCUAUCUAUCAUUUAGAUGCAUGGAAAAAUGGGCUUUGCACACAAUGGGUUUGGAGCUGACUGGGAACAAUG